AUGUGGAGUAGCUCCUCUCAGCCUUCCUGUGCUUCUGUUGUGGCUCAAGUCACAUGUAACAGCCUUGUUUUAAAAGAAGAAGCAUCUGAUUACCUUGAAUUGGAUACAAUUAAAAACCUCGUGAAAAAAUAUUCACAGUUCAUAAACUUUCCUAUUUAUGUAUGGAGCAGCAAGACUGAAACGGUUGAGGAACCUGCCGAAGAAGAGGAAGCAGCAAAAGAAGAUAAAGAGGAAUCUGAUGAUGAAGCUGCAGUAGAAGAAGAAGAAGAUGAAAAGAAACCAAAAACUAAAAAAGUUGAAAAAACUGUCUGGGAUUGGGAACUGAUGAAUGAUAUCAAACCCAUAUGGCAGAGACCAUCUAAAGAAGUAGAGGAAGAUGAAUAAAAGGCUUUCUACAAAUCAUUUUCAAAGGAAAGCGAUGACCCCACAUAUAUCCACUUUACUGCUGAAGGGGAAGUUACCUUCAAGUCAAUUUUAUUCGUACCCACAUCUGCCCCACGUGGUCUGUUUGAUGAAUAUGGAUCCAAGAAGAGCGAUUACAUUAAGCUGUAUGUGCGCCGAGUAUUCAUCACAGACGACUUCCAUGACAUGAUGCCCAAGUACCUGAAUUUUGUCAAGGGUGUUGUGGACUCGGAUGAUCUCCCCUUGAAUGUUUCCCGUGAGACUCUUCAGCAACAUAAACUGCUUAAGGUUAUUAGAAAGAAGCUUGUCCGUAAAACUCUGGACAUGAUCAAGAAGAUUGCUGAUGAGAAAUACAAUGACACUUUUUGGAAAGAAUUUGGUACCAACAUCAAGCUUGGCGUGAUAGAAGAUCACUCAAAUCGGACACGUCUUGCCAAACUUCUUAGAUUCCAGUCUUCUCAUCAUCCAAGUGACAUUACUAGUCUAGACCAGUAUGUGGAAAGAAUGAAGGAAAAGCAGGACAAAAUCUACUUCAUGGCUGGGGCCAGCAGGAAAGAGGCCGAAUCUUCCCCCUUUGUUGAGCGACUUCUGAAAAAGGGCUAUGAAGUGAUUUAUCUCACAGAACCUGUGGACGAAUACUGCAUUCAGGCUCUUCCCGAGUUCGAUGGGAAGAGGUUCCAGAAUGUUGCCAAGGAAGGAGUGAAGUUUGAUGAAAGUGAGAAAAGUAAGGAGAGUCGUGAAGCAGUUGAGAAAGAAUUUGAGCCUCUGCUAAACUGGAUGAAAGAUAAAGCCCUCAAGGACAAGAUCGAGAAGGCUGUGGUGUCUCAGCGCCUGACGGAGUCCCCGUGUGCUCUCGUAGCCAGCCAGUACGGGUGGUCUGGCAACAUGGAGAGGAUCAUGAAAGCCCAGGCAUACCAGACAGGCAAGGACAUCUCAACCAAUUAUUAUGCCAGCCAGAAGAAAACAUUUGAAAUUAACCCCAGACACCCACUGAUCAGAGACAUGCUUCGAAGAGUUAAGGAAGAUGAAGAUGACAAAACUGUUUCAGAUCUUGCUGUGGUUUUGUUUGAAACAGCAACACUGCGGUCAGGAUAUCUUUUACCAGACACUAAAGCAUAUGGAGACAGAAUAGAAAGAAUGCUUCGCCUCAGCUUAAACAUCGACCCUGAUGCAAAGGUUGAAGAGGAGCCCGAAGAAGAACCAGAAGAAACAACAGAGGACGCCGCAGAAGACACCGAGCAAGAUGAAGAGGAGGAGAUGGAUGCAGGAGCGGAUGAGGAAGAACCAGAAACAGCAGAGAAAUCCACAGCUGAAAAAGAUGAACUGUAAAUUAUACCCUAACCAUUUGGAUCCUGUGUGGAGAGGGAAUGUGAAGUUUAUUUCUUUUGGGAGAGACUUGUUUUGGAUGUGUCCCCCACCCCCAUGCCCCCAGCCCCC